AGAGAGCGUCACCGCCGUAUCAAGAAUAGUAGAAAAAUUGUAUUUAUUUGGAUGAAACGAGUGUAUACUAUGUUUGUAUACAUAACAAUGUAUUACUAUGUUAAUUACUUUAUCAAUUAACAUAAUAACCUCGACAUAUAAUUGCAUUGGAGCUACUAUUUGUAUUGUUAUAAAGUAUUAGGUAUUAUACAAUCAUGAAUAAUAAAAAGGUUAUAACCUUUGGGAAAAUUAAUAAAGAUUUAAGUCGGGAAUCAUCUCAGAACACAGAAAAUGUAAGUUCUGGAUUUGGCGUAUUUGGUAAAAAAUUACCAGAAACCAAUGUAACAAAAAUGAAUGAGAUUAAGCCAGAAGAUGAAGAAGAAACUCAGAAUUUAAAAAAUGUUAUGGGUAUAACAGGCUUUGGUAAGAAGGCAAAGUCUUUUGAUGUGCAAGAAAUGUUAGAAAACAUUACAAAAACUAUCAGUAGUAAUAAAGCAACUGCUGAAGAAAAGAAAUCUAAAACUGAAGAAAUUGUUGACAAAUCUGAAGAAGAAAUUAAAGAUAAUACCAAUGAUAAUAAAAAUAAUGAUGACAAUGAGGAUGAUGAUGAUGAUAGUUUUAUUGGUCCUCCAAUACCUUCUACACUUCAGGAUUCAGCAGAUACAGGGAAAAUGAUGAAAGUAAAAGAUAAUGAUGUUGACAGUGACGAAGAUGAAGAAUCUGACAGUGAAGAAACACAAUUAAAAAAUAAAAUUCCAUGCAGUCAUGAAGUUACAAUGACUCAUGGAACAAAAGCAGUAACUGCUAUUGCAGCAGAUCCUUCUGGAGCAAGGUUAGCUUCAGGUUCCAUUGAUUAUGAUGUUUGCUUUUGGGAUUUUGCUGGGAUGGAUUCAUCUAUGAGAAGUUUCAGAACUUUACAACCUUGUGAGAAUCAUCCUAUAAAAUGUUUACAAUACUCUAUGACUGGUGAUGUUAUAUUGGUCAUAUCUGGUUCUGCACAAGCAAAAGUUUUGGAUAGGGAUGGUUUUGAAAAAUGUGAAACUGUCAAAGGUGAUCAAUACAUAACAGAUAUGGCCCGCACAAAGGGACACACAGCUGGAUUAAAUAGUGGUUGUUGGCAUCCAUUUACAAAAGAGGAAUAUCUCACAUGUUCACAGGAUAGCACUUGUAGAAUAUGGAUUUUAUACAGACCACGUGCUCAUAAGUACUUAAUAAAAUGCAGGGCACAAAAUGGAGUUAAAACUAUACCAACUACAUGUGGUUAUAGUAGAGAAGGUAAUGUGGUGGCUUGUGGUUGUAUAGAUGGUUCCAUACAAAUGUGGGAUCAUAGAAAAAAUUUUGUUAAUCCAUCACUGAUUCAGAGAAAUGCACAUGCACAAGGUGCUGAGAUAUCAAGUUUAAAUUUUUCUUAUCUUGGACAAAUGCUUGCAACCAGAAGUUGUGAUGAUACUUUGAAGCUUUGGGAUUUAAGAGCAUUCAAAACACCAGUUUUUGAAGCAACAAAUUUAUAUUCUCGGUAUGAUACAACCGACUGUAUGUUUAAUCCAGAUGAUUCAAUUGUUGUCACAGGAGAAUCUCUGAGUAAAGGUCAAAAUACUGGUAGAGUUCUGUUUUAUGAUACCAAAACUUUUGAUCUAAUUGAUGCUAUAGAUGUAACAAAUUCGCAUGUCAUUAAGACAUUAUGGCAUCCAAAACUAAAUCAAAUAUUUAUUGGUUGUGGAAAUGGAAUAGUUAAAGUAUAUUAUGAUUCAAAGAAGAGCUUGAGAGGUGCAAAAUUGUGUGUUGUAAAAACGCAUCUGAAACAGAAACACAUUGAAGUAAUGUCAACCCAACAAAUUAUAACUCCACAUGCACUUCCACUAUUUAGACAAGACAGGCCUAAAUCAGUUAGAAAACAAAUGGAAAAAGAUCGUCUAGAUCCAGUUAAAUCAAGAAGACCAGAUUUACCAAUUACUUCUGGACAAGGUGGAAGAGUUGCUUCUUCUGGAGGAACUCUUAGCUCUUAUGUAAUUCGAAAUUUGGGACUCAGCAAGAGGAUAGAAGACGAUCAGGAUCCUAGGGAAGCUAUUUUGAAAUAUGCAAAAGUAGCAGAAGAAAAUCCAUAUUGGAUUGCUCCAGCAUAUAAAAAAACACAACCACAAACAAUAUUUCAGACAGAUGAGCAGGAUGGAGCAUCAAGUGCAAAAAAGCCAAAAACUUAGAUUAUGCACCGUUUUUGUAUAAAGUUUUAUGUUAUUAUAUAAUGUAUGACGCCCUUGUAUGUAAUAAGUAUAAUUAAGAAUAAAUGUUUACUGAA